ACGGACAGUCAAACGUUAGCAUGGAAAACCAGGGUUUGCUUUUUUUUUUUGGAACGUAGUCAUCAACAACAAACCUGCACCCACUCGCAUGAGCACAUCAAUCAACAAGACCUUUUCUUUUGUCACAUCUAUUCAUAUAGUACCAUGCACAAGUCAACCUGCCUGCAAAGCUGCUCUCCCCCAAUCAAUCUCCUGCACAUGCACUCAAGAAUUCCCUAUGGUUAUUUAACCUUUCAAUCCUUGCAUGUUUGAUAUUUUGAUUGAUAUUUGAUUGAUAAAGGUUUCUCUUUUUUUUUUCUCUUGGGAACUGAUUGAGUGAUUGGAAAAAGACAUCAUCUCCAAUAAUAUUCCUUCAAGGAAGCCGCUUCGAUUCCCACAUCGGAGAUGGCGGCUUCCUCCGGCCGCCGCCACGCGCCGCCGUCGGGUUAGGAAGGGCUCGAGGUUGGAGAGGCAACAAUGGCGAUCGCUUCGUCAUCGUCGUCGUUGCUGCUGCUGAUGUUUCUUGCGUUCUUGGAUCAUGGCGCCGCGGUGGCGAACCUGUCGUCCAUCGAGGCCGCCGUCCGCGACCGCGCGUUCCAGCUGUUCCGCCGCACGAGCGAGAUCGUCGCCGUCGACGUCCCGGCGGUGCUCGCCGGCGCCGGCGUCGAGGCCUCGGCGACGCGCGUGCGCAGCAGCGCCCUGUGGGCCGAUGGCGUCAACGCCACCGUGCCCGGGCUCGCCGUCGCCGUCCCGCCGCGGGUCGUCCCGGCGCCGUUCGCCCGCCGCGUCGCCAUCGUGUUCGUCCGCUUCCUCGGCGACGCCUCCUCCUGGCUGUUCGACGCGCCGCCCGGGUACGCGCUGGCCGCGCCGGUGGUCGCGCUGCUCGCGUUCGACGCGUCGGGGCCCAACGGCGGCGUCGCGCUCCGCGCGCUCGGCGCGCCCGUCCGCGUCGAGUUCAGGGACAUCUCGCCGGCGAGCGGGUUCAACGCCACGGCGGCGAGGUGCCUGACCUUCUCGUCCGGCGGCGGGAAGGCGGUGGCGGCGCACGCCGUGGCCAUGGAGCCCGGCCCGUCGUGCGUGGUGUCCGGCACGGCCACGGGGCACUACGGGGUGGCGGUGCGCGUGGAGACGCCGCCACCACCGCCACCGCCACGACCACCGCCGGUGAGGGAGCGGUGGUGGGUGUGGAAGGUCGGGGCCACCGCCGGCGGGGUGGCGGCGGCGAGCUUCCUGGCGGUCACCGUGGUCGGCGCCGUGAGGUGGAGGAGGAGGCGGCGGAGGGAGGAGAUGGAGCGGCGCGCGAUGUGCGGGGAGGAGCUCGGGAGGAUGGCGGUGAGGGGGAGCAGGAUGCCGUCGGCGAAGAUGGUGAGGACGCGGCCGGAGUUGGUGGAGGAGCUAAGCUAACCUCCGCCGCCGUGAGUUGCACCGGCGAGCCGCCGUAGUUUUCAACACCCAUGGACAGAAGCUGCACGCCUGCACCAGCACCACAUAUUGCUCAAAUUUCGGCUAAUGACAGAUGGCGAAAAUGUGCAUUUUUGUGGCACUAUCAUCUCAUCAAACUCCAACAUACCAACUCUUCUAUGAGCAUGAAUACAGAUUUCUGCCUCUGUUAACUCUUCAGAAACUGAAAGCAUGUGAAAAUUCACCUAAACAUUUCCACUCGAUGCGUAUGACCAGUACUCCUUGACGAGCUCUCGGAAAAGAGAACCUUCUGUUUCCAUGAGCUUCGUAGGUUUGUCAUACUCCACCACUUUACCUGGAGGUGAAUACAGUUUAGUAUAGAACAAUUAGCCGAAAAAAUAGGCAUUGUAAGUCUUUUUUUUCCUUUUGUUGUUGGUCAGUGUUCACUGUACGACGUUAAUACAGAAAGUUAGAAGGGAUACAUUGUUGGGAAAAUGCAAAAAAGUUAAAAGCAUCACACAUCAGUGAAAAUUGGGGAAGCAGAAUUAUCCACGCAGUUUCAA